UCUUAUUUUUUCCAGGCCACAGUGCGGCAGGCGGACCGCAGGGAGAGGGAGAUUUUAGGAAAGACAGUAACAAAAGUUAAAGAAGAGGAGAAAUCAUGACACAAAACAGUGAUCUCAUCGAUCGCCUCUCUUCGCCACUGCACUUGACAUCCCUCAUCAUGGCGCUCGUGUCACCUACAAAUUAUUGAUUUUAGUCGUCUAUACCAACUUGAGGAUAUAAUGCUGGGAAAAGGAUGAGAACUACCGCAAUCGCCUGGAAUUUCUUGUUGGAUAUUAAAUCCGGCGCUCGGGGAUGCAGUUGGGAUUGUUUUUCGUGUAUAUAAUCAAUAUAUGAAAGGAGGAUUACUGGACUACACGAGAGCUCGGGCCGAUCCGUUAUAUUUCACAUCACAUUAAAGCAUGGGAAUGUCGUCCACCGCUCUGAUCGCAUAGUCACUCCCGCGGGACGCGAUGCAGCCGCGCGCAGAUGUCAAGAUGGGUGAUGCCGCAGAGAUCAAGGAGAGCAAGAGGACGUUCAUCGUGCCGACGAUCAAAUCUGUUGAUCACUAUGAUUUCACCAAGGCCAAGAUAUCGUGCAGUUUGACGUGGCUCAUCGCCAAAGCCUUCGGGUCUGACUGUGUGCCUGUGGAGUUGGAGGAUCCAUUCUACCGAGACCAGUAUGAUCAGGAGCAUGUGAAGCCGCCUGUUGUGUCUCUGCUGCUUUCUGCUGAGUUGUAUUGCCGUGCUGGGAGUCUGAUCCUCAGGAGCGACGCGGCUAGACCUCUGCUGGGUCACAACGCCAUCAUCCAGGCCCUCGCUCAGAAGGGCCUCUACGUCACUGACCAGGAGAGACUUGUGACUGAGAGAGAUCUCUGCAAGAUCCCCAUACAGAUGAGUUCUCACCUGGCACUGACUGACACUCUGAUGAUGGCGUACACAGUUGAAAUGGUCAGUGUGGAGAGAGUGCUGACCUGCAUACAGAAGUUUACUCCUUUUCUUCCUGAGGAAGACUUCCCUUAUGAUACUGAAGAGGCUGUGACAACAUGGAUCAACAAGGUAAAUGAACAUCUUAGAGACCUAUUGGCCCAAGAACAAAGAGUUCGAGAUAUAGGAGAACCCUGCACUGUUCAAAAGGGGCGGUACAGGAGAGAGGACUAUAAAGCACGUCAGGUUAUUUGUCUCCCCCUGGUGGACAAUCUCUUGAAGGACAACACAGACGGCUGCUCACUGGCUGCACUGCUGCACUUCUACUGUCCCGAUGCUGUGCCACUGGAAGAUAUCUGUGUCAAAGAAACAAUGUCAUUGGCUGACAGUCUGUACAAUCUCCAGCUGAUCCAGGAGUUCUGCAAAGAAAACCUCAACAACUGCUGUCACUUCACCCUGGAGGAUAUGCUGUACGCCUCCAGCACCAUCAAAAGUAACUACCUUGUGUUUAUGGCAGAGCUAUUCUGGUGGUGUGAAGUUGUGAAACCAUCUUUUGUUCAGCCCCGCACACUCAGUACUAAAGUAUCUGACCCAUCCCAGUCCAAUAAAAUGGCUCCCAUAACCAAACAAAACCUGAUCCACAGACCAGGCAGUCCAGACCAGUCUAGGUCACAACCUAAAAAUGACAACUCAGUUAUCAGGCGGUCGUCCUCCUUGUCGUAUGUGGAUGGAUGUGUGGGGACGUGGCCUAAAGAGAAACGGUCUUCAGCUCAUGGGAUAUCAUUUGAGAUUCCACUUGAUGACAGCAUGAGUUCAUCUUCAGGACGUGGACUGAGCCGAUCGGCAAGCAGUGAAGGUUUGGGUUUUAAAGUUCACCAGGCGGCCCGAGGCAUGCGGAGGAACCUCUCCUUCCAGCCCGUUAAUGGGAACGCCCACAGCAAAAUUCGUGAGGAGGAUGGUGAGGAAUCCACCAGACACAUCAGCAGACACCGUCUGGGAAACUACACUGGGUACUCAAAUGGUGUAUCAGCAGACAACCCAAGCCCUCCGUAUGCCCCUCAGCCCAACACCCCUAGUAUAGAAGAAGCCCUGAAGAUCAUCCAUGACUCUGAGCGACCACACAGCAGCUUGCAGCCCCCUUCUGGGGACAGCACUUUUUUCCUGCACAGCCCAUCUCCCCACAACUCCGCAUCUGAUCCAAAUGAUCCAGAGGACUCGCUUUCCAAGGCCAGAGUGGAUGAUGCAGACCUAAAUUCCACCUCUACUGACAUGGACACUGGAAUCCAUGUCCGUACUGAAGACAUCCAAGACGGACAGGAUGAGGAUUCAUCCCUGAAGGACUAUUUGGACAUGGACCAGGACUUCGAAGCUCGUUCCUGUCCACUUCCGGAGAUAUCCAGCAUCCCAUGUCCAAACCUUUUGGAAACUCGCUCCCUGGCCACUAGCAUGGCCUCCUCGUUGGGUUCUGUAGUUCGCAUGACCAACUUUGCCGAACAGAAGUUUCGUAAACUAAGCCAGGGUGAUGGCCGCAGCAGCGGGAGUGGCGGUAACACGCCUGAGAACGGCGACCUGAACAUCACAACCCCAGGAGCGUCUGGGACAGUUCGUUCGAUUACUCCUGACGCACACAGCCCCUCUCACAUCACCUCCCCUCGUGAUACCUCACACCUGUUGGCGUCGGAGAUGGUGCAGUUGAAGAUGAAGCUGGAAGAGAAACGCAGAGCCAUUGAGGCACACAAGAAGAAAGUCGAAGCAGCUUUCACACGUCACAGGCAGCGCAUGGGCAGGACCGCCUUUCUCAAUGUGGUCAGGCGUAAAGGAGUUGUGUCCCCACUAGGGGGUGAGAGUGAAGGCCCAGAUGGUCGGGAAAAACCAACCAGUGACCUGCAACCUCUAAAGACACCUUUGAAUUUGAAUGACUCCGAUCCCACACUUGAAAGAUGUCGACCUGACGGCGCACCGCCGAAAUCGCCCUUAGAGGAAGCAGCCGCAGAGGUAGACCUGACGGAGUAUACGCGAUCCAUCGAGCACCUGAACGUGUCUCUGAGCUUCCUACAGUCAGAGAUGCAGCGCUUGGCACAGCAGCAGGAACACAUCAUGCAAAUGCGUGAACACCAAAGUUGGGUGAUUUCGCCACCAGAGCCAUCACCACGUAAAGAGAUGCGUGAGCUGCGCAGCAGCAGCUUAGUUGGCCGAGGUUCGGUGGGGUCACUCUCCCCCAUUUUGUCGUCCACCUGUUCGCCACACACAACGCACCGUUCGCCCUCUAUGAUCAAAAGGAAGUCUGCGUCUUUCCACGCAAGGACGCCACGGACGCCAAGGCCCAACGACCUGAAGGUCACCUCUUUUAGCCGCAUGCUCAACACUCAACAGUCAGUGGACAGCCUGCCUCGACUUAGACGUUUUUGGCAGAGUCAAGCGCAGUCCAGCCCAUUUGCCUAUAUGGGAGAUGAUGAGGGAGCUUCGAGCGAAGACCACACAGCUAGAGAAAAGCCAUGUAAGAAAGAGUCCAAAGAUGCAGGUGAUAAUUCGCCAUCUGCUCAGGUGAAUGAAAAACAGAGAGAAGAAAAACAGGAUGUUGGAGAGAGUAACCGAAUCAUGAAUGCACCUACAUUUGAGGUUCUGUCUCAGCCAACAAAGGACCAUUUGACACUAACAGCCAGUGGACACACAAAUGAAGAGGAGUUGCAUGAGAAGAAGAGUCUGAUCGAGGUUCCUCUUUCUGUUCUGAAGCCUCUGGAUGGACAUGAUCUGGAGAGCAGCAAAGAAACAGAGACUGGACUAGAAUCUAGACCAGACCAGAAGAUGUGCUGUGGCUUCUUCUAUAAGGAUGACCUGAACGCAGAGGAGGAUAUUGCACAGAAGAAGGCAGCUCUGAUGGAAAAAAGGCUACGGAGGGAAAAAGAGAUGCAGAUCAAGAAACAGCAACAGGAGGCCGAGAUAGAACUAAAGAAAGAAGCAGCACGAUUGAAAGCGGAAGAAGAACGUGAGAAGAAAGAGGAUGAGAAGUCAAGACGGGAUUAUAUAAAAAAUGAAUGUUUGCGGAAGAAGCAGCUCAAACUGAUGGAUGACAUGGACAGUGUUAUUAAGCCACGCCCCCCUAGUGUCAAGCAGAAGAAGCCACGCCCCAAAUCUAUGCACAGAGACAUCAUGGAGUCUCCAAAACCUCCAGCACGGACAACCACAGGGUCAAGACCUCGUGGAUAUUCUGUGUCCAGCUUAUCACUCGCCUCCCUGAAUUUGGCAGACAGUGAGAGUGUCCAAUCAGAUAAGAGGACAUCCAGAGGCAGCAGACUGUCUCCUGGCAGUCUGUGUUUCUUUCUGAGCUCCCCUAAAGGGAGAAAGGGAAGGCCAGAGUCCACAGAGGGCUUUCUGUCACCGUGUCCCUCUGUAAGUGGAAACGGGGAGAACUGGGAGCUUGAAUCAACAACAUCGUCUGCAGCAUCUAACGCAGAAUACACAGGGCCAAAGUUGUACAAGGAGCCCAGUGCUAAAUCAAAUAAACACAUCAUCCAGAACGCACUGGCUCACUGCUGCCUCGCGGGCCGCGUCAAUGAGGGACAGAAGAACAAAAUCCUGGAGGAAAUGGAGAAAACCGAAGCCAACAAUUUCUUGAUUCUGUUCAGAGACUCUGGCUGCCAGUUUCGCUCUCUAUACAUGUAUUAUCCAGAGGUGGAGGAGAUCAACAAGCUGGCUGGCAUCGGGCCCAAGACCAUCACACCUAAAAUGAUCGAGAACCUCUACAAAUACAGCUCGGAUAAGAAACAGUUCAGCAAAAUCCCCGCUAAGACCAUGUCAGCUAGUGUGGACGCCAUCACCAUCUACAGCCACCUCUGGCAGAUCAAGAAACAAAACACACCCAAAAAACUCCUCAAAUAAGUUGACAGCUCACUGGCAGAUCUCUGAAACUGAGUGUUUCUGCCUGUCGCACAUUAUGAUACACAUCCUGAAUGUAUAUAUCUUUUUCGCAGGCUUUGGAUGUUCAUUUGUUCAACAGUACACAUACACACUUUGUUUGCAGCACUGACAGAUGCGCUUUUAAGUCGUUUUUAUUUCAGACAUGUUCAAUUUUGUGGCCUUACGCUUGUCUUGUUGUGUCUUUUAUGCAAUGCCUAACGCACACUUACUGAGUUUAUGAGGAAGUCAUUGCAUCAUAUGAAGAUACAUAAUCUGCUUCUUUUUGUGUUUGUGGAAAUGGAGGUGUAAAAGAUUAUAUUAGGGACAUACUACACUUGAAGACUAACGUUACAGAUGGCCAUGCAGUUGAAGAAGCAUUUAGUGUACUGGGACCUCAGAAUUUCUUGCUUUAUUUAAUGUCUCUUGUUUUUAUAUUUUGAAUAGGAUUCAUCAUUCUUGUUGCACGUCUGCUACUCCAGGAACGUGUGUAAAAUUAGCUACAGUAAGAGUUGUUUGCUCAAGGGUUGCUUGGCUUGGGUUACUCUUUAUGUGGUGUAAAAGUAAUGAUGGGGCCUUUAACUUAUUUAGUUGAGGACCAAAACUAAACAUGUUACAGUAGUUAGAAUGGUAAAAUACAUUCCUAUAUGUUGCUAUCGCUAGUGUCGUGACCCAGAAUAUCUGGGUGCCAUGUAUGUUUGAAACAUACAUUUUAGAGAGACAGAGCAGUUUAGCUGACUAUUUGAGGAUAGUACAUUUCCAUAUGAAUAAUACAGAGGAAACAUUGAGUUACUGAAUAUCAUAUAAUGAAGCUUUCAAAGAGAUGAUGCUUAUUAUUGCUAAAUCAUGUGGUAACUAAUUUUUAAUUAUGAAGUGCAUUUUAAAGAGCUGGGAUUAUUUGGGCAGGCUGUUGUCUCAUAACACAUGUUGUCUUCCGGUGCAAAAGAAUCGAAAGAUAUUUGUUAUUUUUACUACGUGAAGUAAAUCAUUGUUUGGAUUUAUUGAUGCUGUACAGAUAUAGUUUUACAUACUAAGCCUAUUUUUUAAGCCAUUGAAUAUUACUGAUAUUUUUCAUAUGAAAAAGCUGUUUAGCAGGUGCAAAUAUGAUGGGACACGAUAAGAGUAGAAGUAAGAUGUUCAUUUCCACACGCUGUCUAAUCUUUUUCCAGGUCAUCUCCGCUGUUCGUUCGUCAAAUGCUUUGUCUGUUUGUAUUUAAAUGUUAACCUCAACAUAAAUACAAGAUUUACAAAUUACAACCAAAA